AUGUCGUUGAGGGAAACAGCGCAGCGGGGCCAGCUCAGGCGCAGCUGCCGUUCCCGGCGGGCGAGGGGCGCAGAGGGCGGCGGCGGCGGCGGCGGCGGCGGCGGCCGAGGAGACCGGGCCGGGCCCGGCGCGCGGCGAGGUGGCAGCACGCGCUGGCCCACCCUGCCCGGUGCUGAGGCCCGACCCAGAGACCGGAAAAUGGACCCCCUUCUCCUGGGCGGGCUGCACUGCCCGCCCCCAGCCGGGUGAUUGUGAGCGAGACUGGAGUUUCUCUCUUACGCCUUCCACAUUGUUUGUUUUUUAGUACAGGGAAGGCAUAAAUCAUGCAUACGAUUUUAA